CGAACGACGUGUUUGUCGCACGCAGGCAGCAUUUAAUAUAUUUUGUAAUUUUAUUGGUAGUGAUGCAAUACUAAUAUUCCUAUCAAAGAGUGAAAAUUAAUUCUAUUAAAUAUGUCGCACAAAACUUUAAUAGAUUUCGUAGUGAAAUACCACACGCCGCGGUUAUUAAACAACAUAGUGUUCUUUCCGAGCAAUGGGAAUUCAUAUUUUGGAAGACGUCUGGUUGUCCCUGCGAAAACGAUAGCUUCAACAGCGGUAUCUCCAAGGAACUUCAGCACAACUAGCACCAAGUUCACAGAUGUACAAGCCGCCGAACAGAUACAGAUACAAGGCAAAUUCCAAUUAAUGUAUACCUGCACAAAAUGUAAUACCAGAAGCACAAAGUUCAUCACAAAACUUGCCUACUACAAGGGAGUGGUGAUCGUGAAUUGUGAUGGUUGUGAGCACAGACACCUGAUUGCUGAUAACUUAAAUUGGUUCAGUGAUAUGAAUGGAAAGAAAAACAUAGAAGAUAUCAUGGCGGAGAAGGGAGAAACGGUUCAGAAGAUAUUGUCAGAAGAUCUUGAGUUUAUUGCAAACGAAAUGGUCAAGAAUAUAGAGAAACCUGAAGCUGAAGAGUUAGCCACAUUACCAAAACUAUGAAGAGAUAAUAAAAUUAUGUAAUCUGCAGUUUUCUUUUCCA